AUUAACAUUCCGUGACGCAAACACUGUGCGUGCUUUUUUAAAAAGCUCUCAUUUAUAUAUUGUUCAGCACGAUUCAUCCUUCCGUAAAUUAAUCCGCUAACCCAAUUAAAGGUUCUAACAAAAGUGUAAUUAAACGACUCAUUUGAUUCAGUAGCCUCUGUUUCCAAAGUAACCCACGCUGAAGAAUGGGAUUCAGUUUUGUGAUAAAAGCUUACCGUCCAAUUCCAAUAGAUGUGUGUUGUUUUAAAACACGUCUGCAAUUAAAGCAGCCACUCCUUCGGUUUGAAAGGGAGAUGAGGAGGCGUUAGUGAAAACGAAUGCUGUCAAGAGAAAGGGUUAAAAGUUCUCUCUAUUCGGUGAACUGUAAUUACAGACCACAGGUCGCUCUUACGCUUUCUUUAUAAGGGUAAUCUAAAAGUUAUCUAAAGCUUUCGUGAUCGACCUCAUCCGACGAGAAUGGCUUGGCGUUUCCUUAAACAAUGGAGAUACCACUGUAUAAAGCACCAGCUUUAAAUACCGCCCUUUUCUUGUAAGACUUUUGUUUUCGACAUGUCAACACGAUGUCAACUUUAUGUACAAUAGACCUUCACCAGCGACAGUUUAGCCAAAGGAAAGGAUCAAUAUUUAAUAUAUAAAUAUUAAAUAUAAAUAUUUUUUUUGCUUCAGUUUCAGUAAUUUGUGGUCUUGGGCAAGGUCGCGUUUCCUAAUUUGGUCUGUACUACCGGCUUAAUGUGUAAAUGUUUUCUUUGAAUAUUAAAUCAGUUAACUUUAUAGCUCGAAGAGUUUUGGAGCGCAUAGAUUUAAAAGUUAGAUUAUUUUCAAUAUUGUUAUUACAGCGGCGCCGAACAACCGAUCUGAACGAUUUGUAAACACCGUUUAAUGAAAAGAUUUAUUAUUAAGUGCAAUAAGUGUUUCGCCCUAUUGUGUUGCAAAGUUUAGCAUCUUUCCUUUAACAGUAAAUUUUACAGUGCAGUUUAAUAUAGUAGCAUAGUAUUCUUACUUUUCCUAAAAAUUACUAAGCAUUGUCUUUUUUUUAAUUAUGGUUCAUGUACGACCGUUGUCCGAAGGUUUAAGUUCGUCAGAAACAGCAACUCGGUAUUCCUCAAAUGUGAAAAGUGGUAAAGGGCCUUCGGAUUUUCCAGCUAGGACUCGGACAGUUUCAUACGACAAGCACUAUCUUUCACACACAGACACAACCGGCGGCGGCUUGGGAAAUUCAUACCCACAUCAGAAAGAAUUUGCGUGGAACCUGCUGUUUCUAAAACAAAGUUGGGGAAUAGGAAAGAAUGCACCACACGCUAAUAAAAAGGCACAUGAAAGGCAAACUACUGUAGGAAGUUUAAAGAAUCUAAAAAGUUCUCACCACCCAACACGUGCGACAUCUGAGGCCAAAAGUGAAUCCAACGUUACGUUGCCACCCUUGAAACGCGAAACUAAAUUAAGUAUUUCGGUUUCACGAAGAGACAGAAAACGAAGACUAACAGUAUCGGAUGGUUCACGAGCUACAUUAGAUUCCAUCCCAGAAAAUGAACCAUUGACUUCUUUACGAAGCAAUACAACGGACGGUCAACUGCGUAAAUCAGAAAGGCUUAAGCGAUAUGAGAGCAAAUACUCUACAAUGUCAUCACGACAGAAAAAGAGAGCGAGUUCUCGGUCUGAAAGUCAGAGUAGCUGCAAAUCUACAUCAACUUCUGUUAGAUCUGGCGCCAUAUCGGAACUAAAUUCAUUCGAUGGCGGUUCUUCAUGCCCCACAGCAUCACGUGGGUCAUCUUCGUUUUACGGAACUCGAUCCAUGAACGAGAGCAGUUUGUCCGGCUCCACAAGGUGGGACGAGCACGAGGGCCGGCCAUUUCAUGAUAAAAUGUCAAACAACAAAACACGUGGACAGUCAGUUGUGAAUUGCACAAUCAAACCUGAAACUCUGCAGAAGUUGGUCAGGGCAGUGUCGGAACCAACACGGAACUCAGCUCCACACCUCGAAUCACCGGGUGUGUCUUAUUCCUUUAAUCGGAGUUUGCAAAUGGGUCGACAUCAACCUUUCACCAACCUAAACUUUGCUGUGGAAGACUCGGCAAGCAAGGCUCGGCUUCGGUCGUCGCUCUAUAAACCUGAAGCUGAUUUGAGAAGGCCAACAAUCUUUCGCAGUAACAAAGAAAAAGGGAAAUCGUCGAAAUUGUUUAACCCAAAGGUACAUGGUGAUAUUACUCGUUACAAGAUGGUACACCGCCAUGCGCAUAAGGGUCCGCCGGAUUCGCUUAUUCCAACGAAGUGGGUUGCCAGCAACAGCAAGACAAAUGGACCUUGGGCAAAAUACGAAACCACAUUUUAGUUGUGUGUAUAACAAUGAUGGUGUUUUUAUUAUUCGUUUAUUGCCCUUUCGUGUUGCGUUUACUAAACUAAGUUUAUCAAGUUAAGCAGCAGCUCUCAUUGCAGUAUAACAACAAAUAU